UUUGCCAGGUUGCCACGAUUUCUCAAAUAUGAUGGAAAGUGGCUUAGCAACUUCAUCUGCCAGCUCCCUCAGGACCCGUGGAUGGAUUUCAUCAGGUCCCAUGGACUUGUGCACCUUCAGGUUCCAUAACAGGUCUCGAACCUGAUCUCCUCGUACUGUGGGCAGCUCUUCAUUUGCAGAGCCCCUGUUUUUGCCUUCUGUGACUUGGGCAGUGUGCUUAGAGCCCUUGCUGGUGAAGACUGAGGCAAAAAAGUCGUUCCAUAUCUCAGCCUUCUCUAUCUCCUGGGUGGCCAGGUCUCCCGUUUCCUUCUGGAGAGGGCCCACAGCUUCCCUGGUCUUGCCUUUAACUGUGAUAUAUCUAUAGAAGCUUUUUUUACUGUUUUUGAUGUUCCUGGCAAGAUUUAGUUCUGCCUGGGCUUUCGCUUGCCUGCUCUGGUUCCUGGCCGUUCACACAGUUUCUCUGUAUUCUGUCCAUUCUACCCGUCCCUGCUUCCACCCUCUAUAGGCCUCCUUUUUGGUUUUGAGCUUGUUCAGCAGUUCCUUGUUCAUCCAUGGAGGCCUUCUGGCUAUUUUGCCUGACUUGUUUUUUGGGAUGCAUCUCUCCUGAGCUUUGAGGAGGUGAUCCUUGAAUACCAACCAGCUUUCUUGGGCCCCUCUCCCCUCCAGUUCUUUCUCCCAUGCUACCCUGCCAAUCAUAUCCCUCAAGAGUCCAAAGUCUGCUUUCCUGAAGUCCAGGGUAGAAAGCUUGCUGCACGCCCUCGCUGCCGUAAGGAUCUUGAAUUCUACCAUUUCAUGGUCUCUGCAGCUGAGGGUAACCUUGAACCUGACAUUCCCCAACAGCCCCUCCUUGUUGGGAAGCACAACAUCCAGCACGGCUCCUUUCCUUGUUGGCUCCUUAAUCAUUUGAAGAAGAAAGUUAUCAUCAAUGCAUUCCAAGAACAUUCUGGAUCUCUUAUGUCCUGCUUCCCCAGUAAAGGGUGAAAAUGGGAUGGGCGUCUCCAAUCCCCAUCCUCCUCAGCUGUCCAACCACUACUUCCUGGAGCAAUAUAAGUUCAUGUAUGGCCUGAAGCCCUGCUGGGAAGGGGCUGGGUCUCAGAGUAACCAAUGGGGUAGAACCAGGAAAUCUCUCUCCUUCCUGCUUCUUCAAAAUCGAAACCAACUUGGAGACUGAAGCUGCCACCGGUCGCUCUUCAUGGCAGCCAGGACACCUCUGGAAGUGCUCCAGGAUGAAGCCUGCUGCUCCAUCUGCCUGGGAAUAUUCCAGGACCCCGUGUCCAUCCACUGUGGGCACAGCUUUUGCCGGUCGUGCAUCACUGAGACCUGGGAAGGAUGGACCACCAACUUCUCCUGCCCCCAGUGCAGGAAGAUGAAGUCACGGAAGAUCCUCCGCCCCAACAGGGAAUUGGCCAACGUGAUUGAAGCAGCCAAGAGAUUGAACCUGCCACCAGACAGAGAGGUGGAAGGAGGGGAGAACUUGUGCGAGAAACACCAGGAACCCCUGAAGCUCUUCUGCCAAGAUGACAAAAGGCUUAUCUGUGUGGUGUGUGACAGGUCCAAGGUGCACCGUGACCAUUCUGUGGUUCCCAUCGGCGAGGCUGCCCAGGAGUGCAAGAAACAAAUUCACACCCAACUGCACCUUCUGAAAUCAAAGCAAGAGGAGCUUCAAUCUUCCGUGAAGGACAGAGAAGACAGACUCAAGGACCACACUGAGAGGACAGAAGCUGCAAAGCAGGAGAUUGUGAGGACAUAUAGGAAGAUGCACGAGUUCCUGGAGAAGCAGGAGUCCUCUCUUCUGGCCCAGCUGGAGCAGCUGGACACAGAGAUAAGGAAAGCCCAUGAAGAAAUCCUCCAGAGGCUUUUGGAGGAGACAACGAGGCUGGGCACGCUGAUUGGGGAGAUGGAGAGGACGUACCAGCAGCCAGACUGGCAGCUCCUGAAGGACAUUGGAACCACCUUGAGCAGGGGCCAGAGGGAAACGCUCUCCCACUCACUCCAGAUUUCCCCGCGGCUGGAAAAGAAAUUCGCUGAUUUCACCACAAAAUCCGCAGCCAUCAAGGAGAAAUUCCGAGAUUUCCUGGUGCUCGAGGUUCCUUUGACAACUCAGAUGACGCUGGACUGGCAGACGGCCAACACCAAUCUUUACCUCUCGCAAGACUGCAAGCUCGUGUGGUACGAAUUCGAUAAGCAGAACCUGCCCUACAACCCGAGGAGGUUCAAAUUCGAUCCCUGUGUGCUGGGCUCAAGGGGCUUCUCAUCGGGGUGGCACCGCUGGGACGUGGAGAUCCACGGAGAAGGCAGAUGGGCCAUUGGGGUGGCCAAGGAGUCGGUUCCAAGGAAACACAUGUUUUCGCUGAAUCCCGAUGUGGGCGUGUGGGCUCUAUAUCAUACCCAUGAUGGGUACAAGGCUAUGACCUCUCCUUAUGUCAUCCCCUUGACUCUACGCCAUGUCCCCAAGCGGAUACGAAUCUGCUUGGACUAUGAGGAAGGGAGGGUGGUGUUUUUUGAUGCCGAGAGCAAAGAACGGAUCUUUGCUUUUCCACCAGCAACUUUCCAAGGACAGAGAGUCUUCCCGUUGCUCAUGGUAAGAAGAGAUGCUCAACUCAAACUUCUUCCCUAAGGCACAGGAGGGAAAAAGAAGAACAACAAAACCCAACCCCCAAAGACCUCGAGUUCCCUUGGGAAAGAAACCAGGGGCUGGGUUUUGUCCCAAUCCCACCAAAGGGACAGGAAAGGGGAGCGGUGUUCAGGUUCCUUUCCUUCUGUGCUAAAUGGGAGCAUUUCUGUGCCUUCAACUCUAUUUUGAUCUUUCAAUCGCUGUUUAAUCACUACAUGGCUGUUACAUGGUUGCUGCAAACUUGCCCUGUUGGGGAGUUAAAAGUAAAAGUUUAAUUCUAGAUCA